UCCAUGGAGAAGGUGAAGGUGAAGCGGUACGUGUCGGGGAAGCGGCCCGACUACGCGCCCAUGGAGUCCUCGGAGGAGGAGGACGAGGAGUUCCAGUUCAUCAAGAAGGCGAAGGAGCAGGAGGUGGAGCCCGAGGAGCAGGAGGAGGAGCUCGCCAACGACCCCCGGCUCCGGCGCCUCCAGAACCGCAUCGCUGAAGAUGUGGAGGAGCGGCUGGCAAGACACCGUAAAAUCGUGGAGCCUGAAGUGGUGGGAGAAAGCGAUUCAGAGGUGGAGGGGGAAGCUUGGCGCCUGGAGCGGGAGGACACCAGCGAAGAGGAGGAGGAAGAGAUCGAUGAUGAGGAGAUCGAGCGUCGGCGCGGGAUGAUGCGUCAGCGAGCACAGGAGAGGAAAACUGAGGAGAUGGAGGUGAUGGAGUUGGAAGACGAGGGUCGAUCCGGAGAAGAGUCCGAGUCAGAGUCCGAGUAUGAGGAGUACACGGACAGUGAGGAUGAAAUGGAGCCGCGUCUCAAACCUGUCUUCAUCCGCAAGAAGGACCGGAUCACAGUUCAGGAGCGAGAAGCAGAAGCCUUGAAGCAGAAGGAGCUGGAGCAGGAGGCAAAGAGGCUGGCGGAGGAGAGGCGCAAGUACACGCUCAAGAUUGUAGAAGAGGAAGCGAAGAAGGAGCUGGAGGAGAACAAGCGCUCGCUGGCAGCACUGGAUGCGCUUGAUACAGAUGAUGAGAACGACGAGGAGGAGUAUGAGGCCUGGAAAGUACGUGAGCUGAAGCGUAUCAAACGGGACCGUGAAGAACGAGAAGCCAUGGAGAAGGAGAAGGCGGAGAUCGAGCGCAUGCGGAACCUGACAGAGGAGGAGCGCCGCGCUGAGCUUCGGGCCAACGGCAAGGUCAUCACCAACAAGGCAGUGAAGGGCAAAUACAAGUUCCUGCAGAAGUACUACCACCGCGGCGCCUUCUUCAUGGAUGAGGACGAGGAGGUGUACAAGAGGGACUUCAGCGCCCCGACCCUCGAGGACCACUUCAACAAGACCAUCCUGCCCAAAGUCAUGCAGGUCAAGAACUUCGGGCGCUCGGGGCGGACGAAGUACACACACUUGGUUGACCAGGACACCACCUCCUUUGACUCUGCCUGGGGCCAGGAGAGUGCGCAGAACACCAAGUUCUUUAAGCAGAAAGCGGCGGGCGUACGGGACGUCUUUGAGAGACCCUCAGCCAAGAAGCGAAAAACCACUUAAGGGAGCGGGCAGGAGGGCAAGGCGUGGCUGACGGCUGGGCAGGAGGGCACUUCUCUGCCUGCUGCCGGGAGC